CGCGCCCCUCCCCUCGUCCACAGCUGGGAAUUCUGGCACGAUCGUCAAGAUCGAUCUACAACCGAGGAAAAAGACAACAACAACAACAACAACCACCACCACCACACUUACGAAUCCCGCCUCGAACUCCUCGCACAAAUCAGCGACGUGAAAGCCUUCUGGUCCGUCUUCAACAACUUCGACAUCACGCAACUCAAGCUCCGCGACAGCAUCCACCUCUUUCACAAAGGCGUAAAGCCCGUAUGGGAAGAUAGCCGCAACGAAAAAGGCGGAAGCUGGACCUUCCGCGUGCCCAAGUCCAACGGCCCAGAUUUCUGGAAAGAGUUAUGUAUGAUGGCGAUUGGGGAGCAAUUACAACGUGCCGUGGAAGAGCCGGAGAAGAAGACGUUUCGGGAUGAUAUUUGUGGCGUGAGUCUGUCGGUGAGGUUUAAUAGUAUGUUGAUACAGAUCUGGAAUCGCGAUGCGGAACAUCAGGCUGGUGUGGAUCAGGUUUUGCAGACUGUGCUGGAGGGCUUGAGUCCAGGUUUGAAGCCGAGAGAUGGGAGCUAUUAUUACAAGAGGCAUAAUGAGCAUGCUGGGUUU